GAGGCGGCGCCGCUUCUCCCCCGGCUCCAGUGGGACCCACGGCGAAGGCGCUGCGUGGGGUCCGGCGGCUCGAGGGUCCCGGGUGCUGUGCGCUCAGCGGUCCGCGGGGCGGCCAUGGAGGAAGCCGCGCCGCAGCACCUGUCGCUGCCCUCGGGGCUGCUGGAGCUGUGCGCGCUGCUGGGCGCUCCUCAGGACCGCCUCCGUGGCCUGGAGCAGGUUGCCCAGAAAAGGGGAGUCAAAACCCCUUCUUGCCUUGACCCAGAGGUUCUGUCGGUGUUUGUGCCUCCCUUCACCAGUAAAGAGGACAGUCAGGUGUCCAGUGCAAGCUGCACCACUCUAGGGAAAGGCAGAAGGCGCUCCUUCCGCAAGAGGAGAGAGAAACCCAGGAUGGAACCCUGGAGGGGCCUCUCGGGGGACCCCAAAGGGCCUGAUUCUGAAGACGUCAGUAUCCUGGGUGAUGUGGACCUCCUCGCCCUGCCCCAGUUGUGCUUCCCAGGGGGCGUGUGCGUGGCCUCGGAACCAAAGGAGGACUGUGUGCACUUCCUGGUGCUCACUGAUGUCUGCGGGAACAGAACCUACGGCGUGGUUGCUCAGUACUACCGGCCCCUGCACGAUGAGUACUGUUUUUACAACGGCAAGGCACACUGGGAGUCGUCACGGCUGAGUGAGAGCACCACUGGCUGCUUUGUGCCCUUCGCAGUGUGCGUGGUGUCCAGGUUUCCCUACUACCACGCUCUCAAGGACUGCCUCUCCUGUUUAUUGACUCAUCUGAAGCUCUGUAAAGAUUUUGAAGUUGACAAUUACAUAAAAGAUUUCUCUGCAAGACUGUCGUUAAUACCCAGCCCACCGCCUGGACCACUCCAUUUGAUAUUUAAUAUGAAGCCGCUCCAGGUUGUGUUUCCCUCUCGAGCGGACCCCGAGAGCCCCAUCAUCGACUUGGACCUCCAUCUCCCUUUGCUGUGCUUCCGACCUGAGAAGGUGCUGCAGAUCCUGACGUGCAUUCUGACGGAGCAACGCAUCGUGUUCUUCUCCUCGGACUGGGCCCUGCUGACACUUGUCGCUGAGUGCUUCAUGGUUUACCUCCACCCGCUGCAGUGGCAGCACACCUUUGUGCCCAUCCUGUCGGGCCAGAUGCUGGACUUUGUCAUGGCUCCUACAUCUUUUCUCAUGGGCUGCCAUGUCGACCACUUCAAAGAAGUCAGCAAGGAAGCUGAUGGUUUAAUUCUGAUAGACAUUGACCGUGGGAGCAUCACCUGUUCUCAGUCCUCGGACAGCGGCCUGGAUAUUCCUGAGGUCCCUUUGCUGGCAGCACAGACGUUUAUUCAGAGUGUCCAGAGCCUCCAGCUGCAUCCUGAGCUGCACCUUGCUCACCUGAGCUCCAGCACAGACCUGAAUGAGGGCCGAGCUCGCAGGCGAGCCUGGCAGCAGGCGCUUAACUGCCACAUCCAGCACAUCGCUCUGCAGCUGCUUGUUGGCAUCUUCAGGGAGGUGAAGAAUCACUUGAACUACGAGCACCGAGUGUUCAAUAGUGAAGAGUUUCUUAAGACCAGAGCUGUCGGGGACCAGCAGUUUUACAAGCAGGUCUUGGACACCUACAUGUUCCAUUCCUUUCUAAAGGCCCGGCUCAACCGCAGGAUGGAUGCCUUUGCUCGGAUGGACCUGGACACCCAGUCGGAGGAGGACAGGAUAAACGGGAUGCUGAUAAGUCCACGAAGGCCAACAGUGGAGAAGAUGGCCUCAAGGAAAUUCUCGCCCCUGCACAUCACGCACCGGCGCAUGGUGGUCAGCAUGCCCAACCUGCAGGACAUUGCCUUGCCUGAGCUGCCACCCAGGAACUCCUCGCUCCGGAUAGUGGACAGUUCAUACUGCAAAAGCAGCAGCCCUGUUCUGGAUGUGGUUCCUAAAUCCACAUACACGUUCAAGGUUCCAGACGUCCACUUCCCGCUGGUGAGGCAGUGCGUGCAGGCAUAUUACGCGGACUUCGCCGCCCUGCUGAGCAAGGCAAUGGGCCUUCUGGCCCCUGAUAACUCUCUGCUCCUGGCCAGGUAUUUCUACCUGCGUGGUCUUGUCCACCUGAUGCAGGGACAGCUGCUGAGUGCACUCUUGGAUUUCCAGAACCUGUACAAAACAGACAUACGGAUUUUCCCGGCUGACCUUGUUAAGGGGACAGUGGCAUCCAUGUCCACUCCAGAGCGUGCCCAGGCUGAGCGGACACCUGAGCUGAAGAGGCUCAUUACUGAGGUCCUGGACAAGUCAGGUGAGGCCCCCAAGGCGGAUGACCCCGUGAAGAACUUUGAGUUGCCCAAGCAGCACAUGCAGCUGGACGACUUUGUGAAGCGGGUUCAGGAGUCCGGGAUUGUGAAGGACACCACCAUCAUCCACCGCCUGUUUGAUGCGCUGACCGUCGGACAUCAGAAGCAAAUUGACCCAGAAACAUUCAAAGAUUUCUACAACUGCUGGAAAGAGACAGAAGCAGAGGCCCAAGAGGUCAGCCUGCCUUCGCUGGUGAUGGACCACCUGGAUAAAAACGAGUGUGUCUAUAAGCUGUCAAGCUCUGUGAAGACCAAUCGUGGAGUGGGCAAGAUUGCCAUGACCCAGAAGCGCCUGUUCCUGCUCACUGAGGGGAGGCCAGGCUACGUGGAGAUCUCCACCUUCAGAAACAUAGAGGAAGUGAAGAGCACCACGGUUGCUUUCCUCCUCCUGAGGAUACCCACUUUAAAGAUUAAGAUGAUGUCCAAGAAGGAUGUCUUCGAGGCUAACCUGAAAUCCGAGUGUGACCUCUGGCACCUGAUGGUGAAGGAGAUGUGGGCCGGGAAGAAGCUGGCUGAUGACCACAAGGACCCUCAGUUCAUCCAGCAAGCCCUCACAAAUGUCCUGUUGAUGGACGCCGUUGUUGGCACACUGCAGUCACCCAGCGCCAUCUACGCUGCCUCCAAGUUGUCCUACUUCGAUAAGAUGAAGAAUGAAAUGCCCAUGCCGGUUCCCAAGAUGACCUCGGAGACCCUAAAGCAUAAGAUCAACCCCUCGGCAGGGGAGACUGCCCCGCAGGCCAUCGAUGUCUUGCUGUACACGCCAGGGCACCUCGAUCCAGCAGAGAAAGUUGAGGAUGCUCACCCCAAGUUGUGGUGCGCCCUGGACGAAGGCAAAGUGAUCGUGUUUGAUGCGUCUUCUUGGACCAUCCACCAGCACUGUUUUAAAGUGGGCACCUCUAAAGUGAACUGCAUGCUGAUGGCUGAGCAGAGCCAGGUGUGGGUCGGCUCGGAGGACUCUGUCAUCUACAUCAUCAAUGUGCACAGCAUGUCGUGCAACAAGCAGCUCACAGACCACCGCGCCAGCGUCACUGGCCUGACUGUGCAGGACUCACGGAAGUCCAGGGAGGUCUAUUCCUGCAGCCGCGAUGGGAUGGUGUUGGCGUGGAACGUGAGCACGUUGCGGGUGACCAGCCAGUUCCAGCUGCCUUGUGGUGGCCUUACAGCCAUCAGCCUGCACAGCAGCCACCUGUGGUGCUGUAUGGGUAACAGUAUCAUGGAGGUGACCAUGAAUGGAUCUCUUCGUCAAGAGCUGAAGACUGAUGAGAGCGCCUCCUUCCUGGACUUCCAGCUCCUUCCUGAGCAGGAGCAGCUCUGGGCGGCCUGCACCGGGCGCAGCGAGGUGUACGUCUGGAGCCUGGGGGACCUGGCCCAGCCCCCGCAGCGGAUCCACCUUCAGGACUGCUCUGAGAUCAGCUGCAUGAUCCGUGUGAAAAAGCAGAUCUGGGUGGGCGGCAGGGGCCCAUCACAGGGAAGGCCCAGAGGGAAGAUCUAUGUGAUUGACGUGGAGAGGAAGGCGGUGGAGAAGGAGCUGGUGGCACACACAGACUCUGUGAGGACCCUGUGCUCUGCUGAGGGCCGCUACGUGCUAAGUGGGUCGGGCAGGGAGGAGGGCAAGAUCGCCAUCUGGAAAGUGGAGUGACCACGGUGAGUGUGCAAGCCUCUGUGGAGCGGGUCCCCUGCGUGGGACCUGACGAGACUCCCAGCAAGCACGCUGUCCUUCAGCCUUUCCAGUUCUGAGGGUGCCUCAUGUGGGGCUGCUUCAGCUAACAACAUUCGUGAUGACCUCUGCUGCAGUUACCUCAUGGUUGUCAGAAAGUUCCAGUCUACCAGGGGCCAACACUGGAGCCAGCAGUUUAGCUGACUGUCACAUGACCUGUGGUCCUCAGGUCUAGUUUUGCCUCUCCUCUACUUCAUUCAUUCAUUCCACAAACCUUGAGGCCUCACCAGAGUGACUAUGGCUGGUUACAUGCUGGUGAGCCAAGGAGCCUUCAGCCUUUCAUGGACUUUGUUUCAGUGAGGCCUCUGGUUGAGGACAACCACUUGGUGGCUGACCAGGCUUGCACUGGUGGACUGUUCCCAACAGAGCAGGUGAGCAAGACCUGCCUGAGGGGAGAGGCCGUGAUUGGUUUUGUCCAGACAGGGGUUGCACCAGCCGAAGCAAGCUCUGUCUUUUCACUGAUGUGAGAAACCCUAGAGAGACUUUUUCUACCAAGGAGCCCAAGCAAGAAGCUCUGUCCAGGAGCACAUGCGUGCUUGCCCAGUGCAGCCGCCUCCCGACCCAUCCUGCCACUUGUGUACCUCAUGUGCACACUGCACACAAGGGUGUGGACGACGCUUUGUUACUUGGCUGACAAGGGCUGUCAGUACCCCGUUUACAGAGGGCCCUCUGCACGUUGUCAUCUGUGAGGUUGCUGGACGCGGGGUCUUGGGUUUUCAGGACUCUGCUAGGACCCCACGUGGAGCCCAGAGAGGUCUCACUAAGGGCAGUGGCUGUGUUCUGGGCCUGGUGGCAUUAUGUUUGGAAGAUUCACUGACUGCCAUGUCCCCUGGGAGUGGCUUUGUGUAGCAUGGGCUUUUGGGGCAUCCAGGAGAUGGUACAGAGGAGAGCUCAGUGCUGCCCCUUCCCAGAGUCUCACUCGCUCACGGAGGACUUUCGUAAACAUUGGGAAUCUAUGUAGAAGUCUGUCAGAAAUACAGGUGUAAAUUAUUUAAGGCCAGUCCACCAUAAACAGCUAUUUCCAGCUUGUGAAUAAGUUCUUUUGUUAAUAAAUACAGACACCAGUUUCUUUAUUCCAGACGCUGCUAGCUGGUGGAAGAGGUGAUCGCUAGAAACACCAAUUGAGUUAUUCCAGUGUAGACUUUUGUCUCUUUCAUUCCUGGUGGUAAUUUCCAAGCUCUUAUGUGACAGUGAUUGCAUUUGAAACAACCAGUAGAGAAAAGCUGGAGGCUUUUAGGAAGUGGUCAUUUGUAACAGAGACAAGUCAGCAACGGAGUGAAGGGGCCUGGAGCGUGCACCC